ACGGGGGUGUGGACCGUGUCCCGGCGGAAGCGUGAGGGACCGAGCGGGGAGCGGGGGCUGGCGGGAGCGGCUGGCGCCGGCGGAGCAGACGUGCCGCAGGACGGGAGACACGGCCGUCACCACGGAGCCCGCCAGCGCCAACACGGCGGCGACCGCCGCUUCGCGGGGCGGGGGCGCCGGGGACCAGCCAACCUCGCUGCCCCCGCCCCCCCCGAGGAUGCCGCGCAGGAAGAGGAACGCGGGCAGCAGCUCGGAUGGAACGGAGGACUCUGACUUCUCCACGGAUCCCGAGCACACGGACAGCUCAGAGAGCGACGGCGCGUCCCGCCGCUCGGCCCGCGUGACCCGCUCCUCCGCCAGGCUCAGCCAGAGCUCCCAAGAUUCCAGCCCGGUUCACAACCCGCCGUCGUUCGGAGCGGAGGAGCCGGUGUACUCCACGCGCAGGGUGACGCGCAGCCAGCAGCAGCCCGCUCCCGUCACCCCCAAGAAGUACCCGCUGCGCCAGACCCGCUCGUCCGGCUCCGAGACCGAGCAAGUGGUCGACUUUUCUGACAGAGACACUAAAAAUGCAGCGGAUCACGAUGAGUCUCCACCUCGUACCCCCACUGGGAAUGCCCCUUCCUCAGAGUCUGAUAUUGAUAUCUCCAGUCCAAAUGUGUCCCACGAUGAGAGCAUUGCCAAGGACAUGUCCAUGAAGGAUUCUGGAAGUGACCUGUCCCACCGUCCUAAGCGCCGCCGCUUCCAUGAGAGCUACAAUUUCAACAUGAAAUGUCCCACUCCUGGUUGUAACUCUUUAGGACACCUGACUGGAAAACACGAGCGCCACUUUUCCAUCUCGGGAUGCCCGCUGUAUCAUAAUCUCUCAGCAGAUGAGUGCAAGGUGCGAGCGCAGAGCCGGGAUAAGCAGAUCGAGGAGAGGAUGCUGGCCCAUCGGCAGGACGACAACAACAGGCACGCCACCAGGCACCAGGCACCAACAGAGAGGCAGCUGCGAUACAAAGAGAAAGUGGCUGAGCUCCGGAAGAAGAGAAACUCUGGACUAAGCAAGGAGCAAAAAGAAAAAUACAUGGAACACAGACAAACCUAUGGCAAUACUAGAGAACCUCUGCUUGAAAACCUGACGAGCGAGUACGACCUCGAGCUUUUCCGGAGAGCACAAGCACGGGCAUCUGAGGACCUGGAAAAGCUGCGGCUCCAGGGCCAGAUCACAGAAGGCAGCAAUAUGAUUAAAACGAUCGCGUUUGGCCGUUACGAGCUGGACACCUGGUAUCAUUCCCCCUACCCAGAGGAGUACGCUCGUCUGGGACGUCUCUACAUGUGCGAGUUCUGUCUCAAAUACAUGAAGAGCCAGACCAUACUGCGCAGGCACAUGGCAAAAUGUGUUUGGAAACAUCCACCGGGUGAUGAGAUCUACCGCAAAGGCUCCAUUUCAGUGUUUGAGGUGGAUGGGAAGAAGAACAAGAUCUACUGUCAGAACCUGUGUCUGCUGGCCAAACUUUUCUUGGACCACAAAACGCUGUAUUACGAUGUUGAGCCCUUCCUGUUCUAUGUCAUGACAGAAGCUGACAACACUGGCUGCCACCUGAUCGGGUAUUUCUCCAAGGAGAAGAAUUCUUUUCUCAACUACAAUGUUUCUUGUAUCCUGACGAUGCCUCAAUAUAUGAGGCAAGGCUACGGCAAAAUGCUCAUUGACUUCAGCUAUUUGCUUUCGAAAGUAGAAGAAAAGGUUGGCUCUCCAGAACGGCCUCUGUCCGAUUUGGGUCUCAUCAGCUACCGCAGUUACUGGAAGGAAGUUCUGCUUCGUUACCUGCAUAAUUUCCAAGGAAAAGAGAUCUCUAUAAAAGAAAUCAGCCAGGAGACGGCGGUAAAUCCUGUCGACAUCGUUAGCACGUUGCAGGCGCUUCAGAUGCUCAAGUACUGGAAGGGAAAACACCUGGUCCUAAAGAGACAGGAUCUGAUUGAUGAAUGGAUAGCCAAAGAGGCAAAAAGAUCCAACAGUAAUAAGAUAAUGGAUCCCAGCUGUUUGAAAUGGACCCCUCCCAAGGGAACUUAAUGUCUGUCGCUCCUGCCGCCAGUGACCCCCAGCAGUAGAAGCGCCCCAGGGAUCUGUGUUGUAUCUGUUGCUGUUGUGACUGGCUGGUACAGUGCCCCCCAAAGAUCAGCUCCCCUUGGGACUGUUCUGGCCCAGGUCUGGUGCACCCACAGACGCUAGUUCUGAGGAACUUGAUGUUUCGGCCUCAAUGAGGUUGCAAGGAUUGGAUCUGUAUAGGACCCAAACGAAGCUCCCAGCAGCGCUGGCCCAAGGAGUUCUGAUAUCUGGUACUGUACCUGUCCAGUCACUGGUCUUACCCUCAUGUUCCUACUUGGAUGAGGUUGUGUUGUGUUCUAUAAUCUGGUUGUUUCUUCAUUCAGGUUCCUUGCGUUUCGAGUAACGGAUGUAACUUCUGUGGCUUUUGAACAAGGUCUAAUAAUGCUUGUUUGGGGAGAGGCUGCGCUUACACUGGCUGCGGCGUUUUUAACUCAUCCUGUCUGGACUGUUCUGUUCCAUUUAUCAAAUAGUUUUAGUAAGAUAACACGCCUCCUCUUUCAGCAGUGUUUGCCGUAUGACACAGCAGGUCUUCACAUAGCUAAUUCUGUACAGUCAGAAGCUUUAGUGUCUGUAACCGAGUGGUGUGACUGUGUGUGAGCCUGGAGGAGCCGGGGCCGAGCGCGUGGGGCCCUCGUGCUCUGGGGUGGUUGCAGAGCUGCUCUUGGUCCACGCUCCUGCAGCCGCUACGGCGCCCCAGCUGGAGGCAGCUCUGAGCGUUACUGGCCUUUCCUGGUUUCUCUCUUGGAGUUCAUGGUUCCUUGACACCGUUCACCGUAUCUCACUGGAGAUACUUUUCCCAGAGCAGUCUUCCUGGAACUGUAGGUCUGUGUUGGAGAGGAUUAUUUUCCCUCCAGACUGAAGAAGUCAGAACUUCCAACACAUUCUGGCUAGCCUUGUCCAAACAGCCACAGAAACUGCAGCGCAAAUGUCGUCAGUUGUUGGAUUGCCUACCGCCUACGUUCUGUGCGGCAGCAGCUCCCGUGAGCUGUGUGGAUGGUUUGCUUCUCUGACAGCGCGUUCUUGUUUGUCUUCGUAAAACAAAAGAGCUUUUACUUCCUCUCUCCCAUCAGCACCACUGGAAGAAACUAUUGUACAAUGGCUUUUGAGUAUAACCACUGUCCUUGUGCCACAGACUUUCUGUAUGGCUCCAGUGUGAUGGAGAGGGGACAAUCUUGGGGCGGCCCAUGGCAGCACCACGUAGUGCGAUUUCAUUGAAGCCGUCCGGCGCUUCCCCGCGGAACGGGGUCUGAACCGAGGCACGUGCCGUAACCACUGACCCACCCUGCUGUGGACGAGUUCUGUUGCUCUCCUGGUGGCUGUCUGUCUUUCUGCCCUCCUAGAAAAGAUAAGAGAUCAUCAGUACGUGUUGUGUACCUUGUGGGCAUUACUGAAGUUCGCUGUCUCUGCCCUUUGCUCCGUGUUGUAACUGCAGAUGCUCGUGGCACUGUCAGCAGGUGGAUCUCUGGAGUAGGGGAGAAGGCUGUUCUUGUGCAGAAGAUAACCCUGUUCCCAUGAUGUGGUAGAAUGUGCUGUUCUUGUAUCUCCUUCUCAAUAAAGCAUGUUCUCUGCUCAA